GCCACCAUGUUUGCUUUGAUCGUCGCCUGCCACAACCUUGGCGUUGCAGUCGCCAGCUCCUGCGGCGCCUUGCUCCUACAACGCCUCGGAUGUAAUCCACGCGGAGAAUCGACCGAGAGCCAGGAAUUCGACAGCCUUUGGUUGGCCUCCGCUAUCGCAAGCUUGCUCCCAUUGAUCAGCGUCGUGGCCCUUCUGGCGCUGAUUCCAGACGUGAAGCCGGGCGAACGAGUCUCCAACAUCGAGCAGGGCGACGGCACGGCGGGCUCGCUGUGGAAGCAAUGGAUGGGCAGUGAGCACACGAUGCUGCUGGAGUCCGACUCAUCAUGA